CGCCAUGGACGCGGCGGCGCUGGAACGGGAUGCUGUGCAGUUCGCGCGGCUGGCGGUGCAGCGCGACCACGAAGGCCGCUACUCAGAGGCGGUGUUUUACUACAAGGAAGCUGCACAAGCUUUAAUUUAUGCUGAGAUGGCAGGAUCAAGCCUAGAACACAUUCAAGAAAAAAUAAAUGAAUAUCUGGAAAGAGUGCAGGCUCUACAUUCAGCAGUUCAGUCAAAGAGUGCGGAUCCUUUGAAAUCAAAACAUCAGUUGGACUUAGAACGGGCUCAUUUCCUUGUUACGCAAGCUUUUGACGAAGAUGAAAAAGGGAAUGUUGAAGAUGCUAUAGAAUUGUAUACAGAAGCUGUAGAUCUCUGUCUGAAAACUUCUUAUGAAACUGCUGAUAAAACUCUGCAAAAUAAACUGAAACAGUUGGCUCGACAAGCACUAGACAGAGCGGAAGCAUUGAGUGAGCCUUUAACAAAGCCAUUAUGCAAAGUCAAGGCAACGAAUAUUAAACCAAAGCCACCUCCAACAAGAACACAUUUUCCUCUAGGAACUAAUCCCUUCCAGGAAAGACCUCAGCCGUUUAUAAGUCCACAGUCAUGUGAUGCACAAGGACAGAGAUAUACAGCAGAAGAAAUAGAAGUUCUCAGAACAACAUCAAAAAUAAAUGGUAUAGAAUAUGUUCCUUUCAUGAAUAUUGAUCUGCGGGAACGUUUUGCCUAUCCAAUGCCUUUCUGUGAUAGAUGUGGCAAGCUACCAUUAUCACCUAAACAGAAAGCUAUGUUUUCUAAGUGGGUGCGACCAGAAGAUCUGACCAACAAUCCUACGAUGAUUUAUACUGUGUCCAGUUUCAGCAUAAAGCAGACAAUAGUGUCAGAUUGUUCCUUUGUGGCAUCACUGGCUAUCAGUGCAGCUUAUGAAAGACGAUUUAAUAAGAAGUUGAUUACCAGCAUCAUUUACCCUCAGAAUAAGGAUGGUGAGCCAGAGUACAAUCCAUGUGGAAAGUAUAUGGUAAAACUUCACCUCAAUGGUGUCCCUAGAAAGGUGAUAAUUGAUGACCAGUUACCCGUUGAUCAUAAGGGAGAGUUGCUGUGUUCUUACUCUAACAACAAAAGCGAACUGUGGGUUUCUCUCAUAGAAAAAGCAUACAUGAAAGUCAUGGGAGGAUAUGAUUUCCCAGGGUCCAAUUCAAAUAUUGAUCUUCAUGCACUGACUGGGUGGAUACCAGAAAGGAUCGCCAUGCAUUCAGAUAGUCAGUCUUUCAGUAAGGAUAAUUCUUUCCGGAUGCUUUAUCAAAGGUUUCACAAAGGGGAUGUCCUUAUCACCGCGUCCACUGGAGUGAUGACUGAAGCUGAAGGCGAGAAGUGGGGGCUCGUUCCCACACAUGCUUAUGCUGUGUUGGACAUUAGAGAGUUCAAGGGGCUGCGGUUUAUCCAACUGAAAAAUCCUUGGAGUCAUUUACGUUGGAAAGGAAGAUACAGUGAAAAUGAUGUAAAAAACUGGACCCCAGAAUUGCAAAAAUAUUUAAACUUUGAUCCUCGAACAGCUCAGAAAAUAGACAAUGGAAUAUUUUGGAUUUCAUGGGAUGAUCUCUGCCAAUAUUAUGAUGUGAUUUAUUUGAGUUGGAAUCCAGGUCUUUUUAAAGAAUCAACAUGUAUUCACAGUACUUGGGAUGCUAAGCAAGGACCUGUGAAAGAUGCCUAUAGCCUGGCCAACAACCCCCAGUACAAGUUGGAGGUGCAGUGUCCACAAGGCGGCGCUGCAGUUUGGGUUUUGCUUAGUAGACACAUAACGGACAAGGAUGACUUUGCAAAUAAUCGAGAAUUUAUCACAAUGGUCGUAUACAAGACUGAUGGGAAAAAAGUUUAUUACCCAGCUGACCCACCUCCAUACAUUGAUGGGAUUCGAAUUAACAGCCCUCAUUAUUUGACUAAGAUAAAGCUAACCACACCUGGGACCCAUACCUUUACAUUAGUGGUUUCUCAGUAUGAAAAACAGAACACAAUCCAUUACACAGUCCGGGUAUACUCAGCGUGCAGCUUUACUUUUUCAAAAAUUCCUUCACCAUACACCGUAUCAAAACAGAUUAAUGGAAAGUGGAGUGGUCAGAGUGCUGGAGGAUGUGGAAAUUUCCAAGAGACUCAUAAAAAUAACCCCAUUUACCAAUUCCACAUAGAAAAGUCUGGGCCGCUGCUGAUCGAACUAAGAGGACCAAGGCAAUACAGUGUUGGGUUUGAAGUUGUAACUGUUUCUGUGGUGGGAGACCCCGGUCCUCACGGCUUCCAGAGGAAAUCUAGUGGUGACUACAGGUGUGGCUUUUGCUACCUGGAGCUGGAGAGCAUCCCAGCUGGGAUCUACAACAUCAUUCCCAGCACUUUUUUACCUAAACAAGAAGGACCCUUUUUCUUGGACUUUAAUAGUGUUAUCCCCAUCAAGACAACACAACUGCAGUGAUGAAGGAAUCAGAGCAGUUGCUGAAUUUUAAACUUGCCAAACAUCAAUCCUUCAAAUG